ACAGUAUCUGUUAUAAAAUCGGGCGAUUAAAACCGACACGUUGAAUGUGUUUGUGAGUAAAGAAGCUGAGUAAAGAAGACAGUAUUAUUUGUAGCAACUGGAAUGCUUUUGGGUGUCUUGUAGGAUUAGUUAGGGAAUUUCGCGAAAAAUCCCAAUUGCGGACGGCUCAUCCGUAUGAUCUUUUCGGUUUGGAACUCGGCUGCCAAGUUACAGCUGCGGCUAUAUUAUGCCAUGAACGCAACCUCACUGUACCUUCGCAAGUUAUUCUCGGGUUCACGCGAGUUGAACUACGGGAAUACGGUCCUGGUGCAACGGGAUAACGGCCAAUGGUGGUUGGGAUACGUGCAGGACAUUGAUGGCCCUAACUUCUACGUAGACUUCGAUGCGAGUGGAAUCAGUGCCCAAUGGAUCCAUUCCAGCGGUCUCUGGCCGCAUCAUUUUCUGCAAAAUAAUCUAUGUUGGUACACAGCUCCUGUUCACGUAGCAGUGAGACACACCCAUGCAGAUCCGAUGGUUUUCUGCCAAGGUACCAUUCUGCGCAAUAAAGAAAGCUAUCCAUUCUGCUUUGUUUGUGUGGAUGAUCCGGGCGGGGUACAUCGCCACCAUGUCGUUCAUCGAAAUAAUAUGAUCGCAGCACUGCCGACGCCGGAUGAUGGGGAGAACUUCUUCGAACGAAUUACGGGGUUUUUAUAUAAGAAAUACGUUAUCAGUUUUCCCAGAGCACGGCUGUUAUUAGACGUGGAUUUCUUCCCGAUGUUCUUGGCCCGUUCAUGCCGAUUCCAAUCGGACUGCGGUGAUCCUGGACGUGAUGCCAAAUGUCGCUUUGGCACAGUCACUGCGAGGGACCAGAUGGUUUUUGUUUGUGAGUCCGGACGAUGCCAUCAUCGAUUCCAUCUGAACAGAAGCACUUUAGUCGACGUCGGUUGUCGAAUGUUCAUGCGAGUGUCAUUUGAUACGAUUACAUUUGUCUGCGUCGAAAUGCAUGGUGACAGCGCAUUUCAAAACCAAAGAAGGCGUCACAGUAUGUUCUGGGAUGAAACCUCCCUGAGGAAGGCUUGUGAUGAUUACAUUACGAAGUUACGGUACCGUCGACUUAAGCUGGCACUCCGACCACGGCUUCUAUACGGCUCCAUCUGUAGGUGGAUUUCUCAUAACAGACAAGCAGGCAAGUUAUUGCGGUUCUGCCACUUUAACCUGCGCCAUGUAUUUUCUACAGUGCGCUGGCUCAUUAGUGUGGCCGAAGUGAGGAUGGCCGAAACCAGUUGAACGGUAGAAAAGUUCGCUCUAUAUAGAAGUCACGCAUUUGACGGUUACAUUGUUCUUAGUUUCACAACGGUCUUAGUCUUAUUCUGUUCUUAGUCUUAGUCUGAACAUUGUUGAAUGUUCGGCCUUGAAGUUUCCGUAAACGUCAGAGUUUUUUAAUUUGUACCAGAAUCACGCUUGUCAGAUCAGGAAAAUACAUUUUUGUGCACUGAGAUAAACCGGUAAAGCCAUCAAGGUUUUUGUCGACGUAAUUCCGAUGGUUGUCGUAUCCAACCGCUAUACUGCGGCCAUAGUGAGUUUUACAUUAAUGCUGGAUAACGCUCUGAAAUAUGGCAUUUUCAGACGCACGGCUGGCUGAAUUUGUUAAUGUAUAAAGUUGAGAAAGUAGCAAAUGAAGUGCUUCUACAGCAAAUGGAUAAGAACAAGUUUCCACGGCACGUCGCUCUGGCAUGGUUAGUUCCACACCGAGUGUCAGCGUGACGCUAAGUAAGUGGAGGAAAUGUCCAUUACUGAGCUUCCACUUCCAGUCAUGGUUUCUGUACUGCUUUAUUUGGAUGUGGAUUCCCAGUGGCGAACAAGCAGGGUUUGUGCGCUGUGGAGAAUUCUUUUCCGCCAGGACGUGAACCAGAGGCACAUUGUGUUCGAUCUCUGCACAGUGUGCGAAAUAAAACCGUAUAGUGUGCCUGACAAAGACAUUCAUGCACUUCACGGUAUCGAUUAUGAUACCGUAAGAGACUAUGCUGCAUACCUUACGUACAAAGUGGCUGUCAUGUUGGACCGCGUAAGUCCUACGCGUACGCAAACGCUGGCGCUGACAGAAGAGGGGAACCACUUUCACUUUUACUUCGAUCUUGCCCAGAGAAUGACACUGACUGCAACCGUGCUAUUCCGCAACGGCGUACGUCUGCCUCUAAUUAUUGUAAGGAACGGCCGGGACGCUACACUGGAAUGGGAGAGCUGGGAUGCUUAUUUGAGGGAGACAGACUGCUUCUUGUUUGUCUACAUGUGCCAUAGUGGAAGCCUGGUAUGCGCCGGGUUGCCGGAGUUGAUGACGGUGUGUGAACAGUUGGUGUUAAUCAACUUCACUGUGAUGCACUUACCCACCCAAGCAGCGGCCUGGAUACUGCGCCACGAUCCUGCAUCCGAGUUGCCUGUGUCCGAGAGAGCGUUGAUGCGAAGUGAAUAUUCGGGCGUUCUGCGAUGCCCAGUUAUCAUUCCGUGUGUACGCUUUCGUUCCGUGGAAUCGGCAGAUGAGCAAGCCCGCAAUCUGCUAGCUACGGUUAAUGCCCAUUGGCCGGCCGUCAGCCAGCGAGUAUACAAAAAGGUCACAGCGAUGCAUGCGCGCUGGGUACGGACGUUGGACUAUCCGGAUCAGUGGACCGGCAUUCGCAUUUUUCUGCAAAUGUUCAAUCCACAUUGCCCUGAUACCACCUCACAGCGAUGGGAUUCGAUGGACCUUCGCCAACUAGACAUUGCUGGACUGAACAAUAUCACCUUUGCAGCUCUUGAUGGAUUAUUCCGAGAAUGAAACAUGACGCUUUCACGAUGGUCUUCAUUUCAGCGCUUCUGGAUUCGAGGGUUCAUUUAUUAUUGCUCUCCACCGGACGAGGCUGAAUAUGGCCAGUAUCAAUUUGUAAUUAAUCAAAAUUUGUGUUAUGCAUAGCGAAAAGAAACCAUUUCUUAAUGACCUUUCAAUAAAGUGAUACACUGUAAGUGCAUGUAUUUAUGGCGUGGUAUAUUUUUAUUCUACUGAGGUCUUUUACACCUUCUGUCCAGAAUUCAUGAUACUGUAUCACGGCCCUAUGGUUCAUGAUUCCUCUUUCUAAAAGUAGGUUAACAAAGUUGGUGAUAGACAGGAAUGUCGUUCUAUAGAGAAUUCGAUUGACCUCCUCCAAAUGAACG